AUUUGUGUAAAAACCCUUAAAAUGUUUGAAAAGAAUACUUACAAGUUGAGUGUAAAAAGCCCAAAUCUAAAGACUAGGCCUAACAUCGUCCCCCUCUUUCUCCAUUUCCUAUUCUUGCAAAUUCCACAAUCCAGAAGCUGAAACAUUACUAACAAAACCUGAUAUCACUGAACACUCAGGAAAAAAUGGACGACAAACCCAGAAAACGCGGUCGACAACCCAAGAACAAAACCCCAGCAACAUCAGAAACCAUAGAUUCCCAUAACGACUCACAGCCUCUCCCUACCACCUCCACCACCACCACUACAAGCCCACCUCCCUCCGGGCGCGGAAGACCAACAAAAAAGGCAAAACAAACCGAAAACUCCAAACCUAAAUCCCCGGAACGGAGACUAACACGACACAGUGAGCAAAACGGAGACAUUUCUGCACCCAUUAGUACUAACAAUGGUGCCAAUGUGGGUGGUGUAGAGUGGGAGAGUGUAGUAAAAGUGGUGCCUUCAAUGGAUGCUGUGGUGAAAGUGUUCUGUGUGCACACUGAGCCCAAUUUCUCGCUUCCUUGGCAGCGGAAAAAACAGUAUAGCUCGAGUAGUACCGGGUUUAUCAUCGGAGGCAAGAGGGUUUUGACCAAUGCUCAUUCUGUUGAGCAUUAUACUCAAGUUAAGCUUAAGAAGAGAGGCUCUGAUACUAAGUAUUUGGCUACUGUUUUGGCUAUUGGCACCGAGUGCGAUAUUGCAUUGUUGACAGUUGAUGAUGAUGAAUUUUGGGAGGGAGUUACUCCUGUUGAGUUUGGAAAUUUGCCUGCUCUUCAAGAUGCUGUUACUGUUGUGGGGUAUCCAAUUGGAGGCGAUACAAUCUCUGUAACAAGUGGUGUUGUCUCACGCAUAGAGAUACUAUCUUAUGUCCAUGGUUCCACAGAGCUUUUGGGGCUGCAGAUAGACGCAGCCAUAAACUCGGGAAAUUCUGGGGGACCUGCCUUUAAUGACAAGGGAAAUUGUGUUGGCAUUGCAUUUCAAUCUCUGAAACACGAAGAUGUGGAGAAUAUUGGCUAUGUUAUCCCCACACCUGUUAUAACACAUUUUAUAGUUGACUAUGAGAAAAAUGGGGCCUAUACAGGCUUCCCAAUUCUUGGCGUUGAGUGGCAGAAGAUGGAAAAUCCUGAUUUGCGUUUGUCAAUGGGGAUGGAUCCUAAUGUAAAGGGUGUCCGCAUUAGAAGAAUUGAACCUACAGCUCCAGAAUCGAAUCUCUUGAAGCCAUCUGAUAUUAUCCUUAGUUUUGAUGGGGUUAAAAUUGCUAAUGAUGGAACAAUUCCAUUCAGGCAUGGGGAGCGAAUUAGUUUCAGUUACCUUGUGACUCAAAAGUACACUGAGGACAAAGCCUUAGUUAAAGUUCUCCGCAACUCAGGGACACUUGAAUUCAACAUAAAACUUGGGACACACAAACGGUUGAUCCCAGCUCAUAUUAAUGGCAAACCUCCUUCAUAUUACAUCAUUGCUGGAUUUGUUUUUACUGUUAUAUCUGUUCCAUACCUGCGUUCCGAGUAUGGAAAGGACUAUGAAUUUGAUGCUCCAGUCAAACUCUUGGACAAGCAUCUACAUGCUAUGGCACAAUCUGUAGAUGAACAGCUUGUUGUUGUUUCACAGGUUCUCGUCGCUGAUAUUAAUAUUGGAUAUGAAGAUAUUGUCAACACUGAGGUUGUUGCAUUCAAUGGCAAGCCUGUGAAGAAUCUGAAGAACUUGGCCAGCAUGGUGGAGAGCUGUAAUGAUGAAUUUUUAAAGUUUGACCUAGAAUACCAACAGAUAGUUGUCCUACAUACCCAAAAUGCCAAGGCAGCAACAUUAGAUAUUCUUGCGACGCAUUGUAUACCAUCUGCUAUAUCCGAUGAUCUGAAGACUUGAGCAUACAUUUUAGCGGGAGGCAGGCAAUUUUGCUGCUCUCCAUGCAGCCCGAAAAGUUGGGUUUUUCUUACAUAUAUACUUGUGAGCACAUUUAUGAAACAGCACUCACAUUGGCUCACCAUUUGGAGGUUUGCGGUCCACUGGUUUUCCUGUUUUCAUAUGCUUGCUGUAGGGUUGCACUACUUUCUUCAAGCUGUUAAGAAGUAGGAGAGUUCAAUUUUAUUUUUACUCGUAAGCAGAUAUUAUCAGAGCGCGAGGAUGCAGGGAGGAUGUAAAAGUUGAUCUAUGACUAUGAGUGCUACAUUCGUGCUAUUAUUAGUAUGUACGAGUUUCUGAUUAAAUUUUGCUAUUCCGGUUUUAUAUCUACACCUGUGCAAAGUAGGCAUUCUUAUUUCUGUUAUAUUGAACCUUCAGAAUCAUUGAUUACGGAAUUAAGCAAAGAAGCAUUGCCUUUUAAGGCCAUA